UCUUCAAGGUGGCUGCCGCGCCGCGAUGCACCCCAUAUUGAGUGUGGCAGGCUUCUUUUUUGCUCCAAAGUUCAUUUUAAAGCCGAUUUUUCUGCCUUUCGCAGCUGUUUUUCCAGCCUACACCGCAGACCGCUCAACUUUACCUGUUUGAAGGUGAAAGAUAUGCUUGGAAAAUGAGGCUUCGAAGCUAUUCUGCAUUGCUCCAGCUGCCUGCUCCCUUUUCAUUGCAUUUCCGGCUUAAAGGCGCGGGGAUUUCGGAUGGCACAGGAGAGACAGCAACCCAUCGGGCUGCCCGCCCCAUGCAUCCUUGGCAUCGAUCUGGGUACCACAUCCGUCAAGGUGGCCCUGGUGGAAAAAACGAACAGAGGCCCGUCCCUGGUCGCCAGCUGCAGCGAGCCCGUGCAGGCCGAUGUGCCCAUCGGAGAUGCUCAGUUGAGGGAGAAUGAGCAGGAUGUCCAUGGAAUCAUCGAAGCCUUGAACUGUUGUCUGGUGUCUCUUUCUCCGGAUUUUACACAAAGAGUUUGCUGCAUUGGCGUUUCUGGACAAAUGCACGGGGUGAUGUUUUGGGAAGCUGGAAAAGGUGGCACCUGGACGGAAAGUGGAGGCCGGUGGACUUUUCGGCCGGAUAAAGUCAGUCACCUCAUCACCUGGCAAGAUGGCCGCUGCAGCCCCCACUUCCUCUCUUCCCUCCCGGCACCUCGAUCGCACCUCAGCGUGGCUUCCGGCUACGGCUGCGCCACCGUCUUCUGGCUCUUGAAGAACAGGCCAGAUUUCUUGGCCCCCUACACAGCUGCUGGGACCAUCCAGGACUACGUCGUGGCCAUGCUGUGCAGCCGAGAGAAGCCACAGAUGUCUGUGCAAAACGCCGCCGCCUGGGGAUACUUCAGCACCCUAGAAAAAUCCUGGAACACUAAACUUUUGGAAAACGCUGGAUUUCCCAUCCACCUGCUUCCCGAAGUGGUCGAUUCCGGAGAUCUCGCGGGGGAAACCUGCCAAGCGUGGCACCGGAUCCCAACCGGGACCAAGGUCGGGGUAGCCUUGGGAGAUUUCCAGUGCUCAGUUUACUCCUGCAUGUCUGAAAGCAGCGAUGCAGUUCUCAACCUGGGUACGUCUGCCCAGCUGGCGGUCCCCAUGCCCCCUGGAUUUCGGCCUGCGGAGUCUCCCGAUCCGAAUUCCCCCGUGCAAUAUUUCCCGUAUUUCGACAACCGCUACCUGGCAGUGGCCGCUUCGCUCAACGGCGGAAACGUGAUGGCGACGUUCGUGAAGAUGCUGGUCGGAUGGAUGGCGGAGCUAGGGAUCGAAGCCUCCGAAUCGGACCUCUAUCGGCCGAUGAUCGAAGCCGGGCUGACCCAGGCCGACAGCCCUCUUCACAUCUGCCCCACCGUCUUCGGGGAGAGGCACGCGCCCACCAGCCUGGCUUCGGUGACGGCCAUCGCGGCCUCCGAGAUCUCUCUGGGGCAGGUGAUCCGGGCCUUGUGCCGAGGGGUCGUCCGAAACCUCCACUCCAUGCUCCCUUCCGAGAGCUUGAAGGGCGCCGGGGCGAAGCGGAUCGUGGCCAGCGGAAGCGGACUUUGCCAGAACGAGGUGAUGAGGCAGGAGGUGGAGAAGGCCUUCGCUCUCCCCGUGGUGUACGGCGAAGGCGCCGACGCUGCCGUGGGUGCAGCUUACGUGAUGCUGAAGAGGAAUUGCGGCCGAACAGAGCCAGAAGGGUCUUCGGAGGUCUUCUAGUCCAACCCACUGCUCAAGCAGGAGGUCCCACGCCAUUCCAGACCAAAGGAUUGUCCCGAUUUCUCACUAUCUGGGAAUUUCUCCUUAGUUCCAAGUUGCUUUUUUCCUUGAUUCAUUUCCCGUAAAAGGGAUCCAACCUUACUUGGGAGAAGAAAAAGAAUGAAGGAAAACUUUUUUGCAAAGGAGAAAAACAAAUGCUGUCGCUUUAAAUCGGAACUGA